AUGUUGAAAACCCGGCCCCAGCUGCUCGAGUUCAUUCUCAACAUGUUGUCCAAUCUUUGGUUCUCUUCAAUUAUGUCCUGGGAGGGGAUAAACGGGCAGUUCACUAUCAUACGCCCUGAACAAGCGGCACACGUGUGGGGAGACAGGAAUGGCCGAAGAAACAUGACUUACCAAACGUUUAGUCGGGCACUGCGUUAUUACUACCACAAGAAAGUGUUGAGCAAGAUUAGAGGCCAAAACUACACGUACAAGUUCGACUUUCAACAGCUUGAGCGACACUAUGGAUAUAGAGGUAGAUCAUCUGUCACUUUUCAUCAGCCCACUGCAAACAGCCAAUACAUGAUUCCUUCCUUUGCGGCCUGCAAUUGUGAUGCAUUUCCAGUCAGUCAUCCCACGAAGAGAUUCUUUCCACAGUUCAGUACCACAGUUUGAACGUGCAGGAAGAGAAUCAGACAAAUCGAACUUUUCUCAACUGUUAACCGUUAUACUUUUUCUGCUUCCUCAGCGCGCUUUAUCAAGAGUAUUUUGGAUAAAGUUUGCCUUUGAAUUGAAUGAACCUUUCCUUUUGGAGCUGACUCUCUUUUCAGUUCUGCUCACUGUGCCCCUGAUGAGAAUGACAGACCUUCUGAUCAUGAGCAGACCUUAAAUUUAUAAAUCUAAAACAUCAGUCUAUGUUCCUGUUUACAUGAGUGAGCUCACUCGAACUUAAUAACUGUACCAUAGCUAUUUUAUGUCAUUGAUAAAUGCAUAUUUUCCAUUAAAUAUAGCAAAGUUAUAUUGUAAAACCUAAUGUACUAGUAACCUUUACUCUUACAGUUGGUGGUCUACCGUCAAUGAAAUAAUGGGUGGUCAUUGAACUACUGGAGUGGUUAUUGAUCUGUUGCGUUUAUUGAACAAUUGUGGGUUUAUCAAACUACGGUCACGUCUUUCUUCUGACCGGUCAAAAUGUCGAAAAUAACACAAUAACUUGAACGUACUAGCCUAACAAGCAAAAAAACAAAGUAGAAAAAGAUACUUGUCAUCUUGAAUGGUAAUGUAUUUAAUUUUUCUGGUCGCUUAUUUACGUGUCGGUUAAAAAUGAUCGGCAAACGGAACGUUUGUCCCGGAGAAAUGGUCACAUUGGCCGGACCCAUAAUUUUCCGUUGACCGGCCGUUAUUUUGAGCUCUGUUAUUGGAUUCUCAUAGCAACUAAAAGAUAACCAUCAUACAUAAAUUGGUAAGUUACCAUGGAAGCCUUUUUCUUAAACGCCUAUCACUCUACAAAACAUAGCGACAGAUACUUCCUUGUUUUUACAAAACCUAUGUAACCCCGGGAAAAGGGUGAAAAUAUAUACACAUGUAUUCAGUUUCCAUGACAAUCAUCACCAUGGCAAAAAACUUAACUACUUCAACGUAGCUGUCUCCUAUUUGUAGAUUGGUCAAACCUCUCUUGCUGACGACAUACAUUGGAGCAACAAAAAGAUGUUUAUUGUCUAUCGCCGAUCACGUAUGUGGUUACUAGGGAAGUUUUAGUUUCUGAUUGGUCAGUCGAGUAUACGAGUAGUGGUUUCAGUAAUGACGUCACUAUUUAUGACGUCAAAUGGGCUGGGUGGCGAUAGGGGAUUCACUAGGCCGUGAUUGGUUUAUUAAAAGCUGCUUAUAUGGACAAGUUACAAUAUAUAAACCCACUGGAAAACAUCAACCGCCGUAUCCAUCAACUUGCCACUCAUUCCGUGAGUUUAUCGUUUAAGCUGAAAUGAAUUUUCUUGUGGGAAAAGAAGCUGAUUUUGAGUGCUCCUUCCAUUGCAAUGACGAUUGUCAACUGGAAAAUGGUGAGUUAACUAGGUUUGGACAAAUUUAUUGAAAAGCGUUCCUAUGGCAAGCGAGGGGGAAAAGAGGGAGAAAUUAGGGUAAAUUUCCUUGUAAUCACGUUAAUAGGGACAACCUAGCAAAGCGGGCCACUCACAAAAAGAAUGCAUUUUAAGAAAAAGUUUGGUUUCAGAGCAGGUUGAGUCACCAAUAAAUUCAUUUCCUUGAAAUAAAGAAUAUGAACAUGAAAUUCAUACCUUAUUAUAGGAAAUUAACGAUGUACUUUAUUAACGCAAUUUUAAUGCAUCUUAAUUUUAUCGAUGUUGAUUUAAAUCACACUAUUUUACAUCAUUGUUGUUUUACACCACCUUUAUUUCAAUAACAAAACCUCGUCUGCUCAUAUUUCCUCUAUCAACGCCUCGGAGUCACUAUCUGACAGUUCUUCUUUAAGAAUUGAGUUCAAAAUGCAUGUCUUUUGACUGGUCUUCGUAUUGAUCCGUUUCCCCGAGGGGAUAGCUAACUUCGUCAGUCUUUCUUCUUAAGAUUUCCAUUUACGUUUAUUUGUGUUUUUUCCUUUAGAUAUGCAUGCCAAGAACUUUGUAUUGCAGCAAAUUCGCGAAAAAUAA